GCGGUGCCAUCGCGCAGCCGAUGACGCGGGUGGAGAUCGGUAGCAACUGUUGCCUUGAGAAUAAACGCCAUAGUCACGGUAGCCGUGGAGACUGUUACCCACCAACAGCUCGGGCCCGCAGCAAGAAACGAGCAUGCAGAGUACAGAGGGUGCAUCCGACUCAACAUCGACUGUGACCCUGCGGACAUCCGCUGCUGGUCCACCAUCUGUGCAGCCUGCAGUAGUACAGCAAGUACCAGCACCACAACAGCGACUGGUGGUCCAGGCAACAGGCUCUGCUCAGAAAGGAGGCCAGGUACAGCAGCUUCAGGUUCAGAGAGUACAGCAGGUUCAACAGGUGCAGUCUGUUCAACAUGUUUAUCCAUCACAAGUUCAAUAUGUGGAAGGAGGAGAUGCAGUCUAUGCAAAUGGGACCAUACGUGCAGCAUACUCGUACCCAGAAACCCAACUCUAUGCACAGAAUCCUGGAGCCUCGUACUUUGAAUCACCGGGAAGUUCUGUUCAAGUGACCACGGUUGUGUCCUCACCCACUGUGGUGCCAUCUCAUAAUAUGGUGGGAACCGUAGGCAUUGCGAUGGAGGUGGGAGGAAGUCAGAUCAUCUCAAGCAGUGGUGGAACAUACCUUAUCCAUGGAGGAUCGAUGGACAAUUCCAGACACCCACUGUCUCACGCUACACGCCCAUCACCUGGAACUAUUGAAAUGGCAAUUGAGAACCUACAGAAAUCUGAAGGCAUCACAGCUCAUAAAAGUACUCUACUGAACAGCCAUCUUCAGUGGCUUCUUGACAAUUAUGAGACAGCUGAAGGAGUUAGUCUCCCUCGGAGUUCCCUCUACAACCAUUACCUGCGGCAUUGUCAAGAACAGAAGCUUGAUCCCGUCAAUGCAGCUUCCUUUGGCAAACUGAUUCGUUCAGUGUUCAUGGGGCUGAGGACCAGAAGACUAGGAACAAGGGGAAAUUCCAAGUAUCACUAUUACGGGAUUCGUCUAAAGCCAGAUUCGCCUUUAAACCGUUUACAGGAGGACAUGCAGUACAUGGCGAUGCGACAGCAACCAGUACAUCAGAAGCAAAGAUUUAAACCAAUGCAAAAAUUGGAUGGUGUGGGAGACAAUAUGCCUGGAAAUGGACAGCAUGCGACCCCAACAACUCCAGAACAAUCAGUCGCUGCACAGAGCCAACAUCACCAGCAAUUUCUGGAUAUGUCUCAUGUACUGCCAGAUUUCAUUGAUGCUGAGAUUGGUGACUCUCCUUUGCCAGAGAAUAUCACACUGAAUGAAGUGAAGACAUUACAGCUUUUGUACAGGGAGCAUUGUGAGGCAAUGCUGGACGUUGUAAUAAACCUUCAGUUUCACUAUAUUGAGAAACUUUGGCAGACUUUUUGGCAUUCAGCUCCCUCGCCAAACGAUGGUGCUUCUGUUACUUCUGUUAGUGAGGAGGAGAGUGAGGCUGUUUUCCCCAAAGAUAAACUCAUCAGUCUCUGUAAGUUCGAGCCCAUCAUCAAGUGGAUGCGAAAUUGUGAUCAUGUGCUGUACCAGGCACUGGUGGAGAUUCUUAUUCCUGAUGUUCUGCGGCCUGUCCCUAGUGCUUUGACCCAAGCUAUUCGGAAUUUUGCCAAAAGUUUGGAGGGAUGGCUGAUGAGUGCGAUGAAUGGCUUCCCUCAGCAGAUGGUUCGGACAAAGGUGGGAGUAGUUAGUGCCUUUGCCCAAACAUUGCGCAGGUACACAUCCCUGAACCACCUUGCACAAGCUGCCAGAGCUGUCCUACAGAAUACAUCGCAGAUCAACCAGAUGCUCAGUGACCUCAACCGCGUUGACUUUGCCAAUGUACAAGAGCAAGCUUCGUGGGUGUGUCAAUGUGAGGAGGGAAUGGUGCAGCGACUGGAGCAAGAUUUUAAGAUGACUCUGCAGCAGCAGAGCUCCCUUGAUGAAUGGGCAUCCUGGCUUGACAAUGUUGUAAAUCAGGUCCUGAAGCCCCACGAAGGCAGCCCUGGAUUUCCCAAGGCUGCCCGUCAGUUCCUGCUAAAGUGGUCUUUCUACAGCUCCAUGGUUAUCCGUGACCUGACCUUGCGGAGUGCCGCCAGCUUUGGUUCCUUCCAUCUGAUCCGGCUGCUUUAUGACGAGUACAUGUUUUACCUCGUGGAACAUCGUGUGGCCCUUGCAACAGGCGAGACGCCUAUAGCUGUGAUGGGCGAGUUUGGUGACUUGAGCUCCAUGUCCCCGCUACAACUUGAGAAAGGUAAGAGCUUUCUGAACAUGGACUGCAUUGGGCAUCUCCAAACUUCAGAUGAUGGGAGUGGGAUGGAGAGCGAGGUGGAUGCAGAUUUGAGAGGAGUGAGCGAACCUCCUGUCAAGCGGGAGCGACUUGACCUCAACCAUUCCCUCCAAGAGCUGGACGUCUCCACUCACCAGGAACUAAUGAAUUCAAUAUAAUUGGACUGAACAGAUUGAAACCUUCAGUGAAAACACCCACUUCUGCUCAGUGUCUGGGUCAGAAAAUUAGCCCAUUCUCCAGGUUUUGGCUGAGGUCUACUUAAGAUCAAAGGAACUAAUUGCAGAAGGUGCACACGUUAGGCCAGUGCUUAACACUCCAGCCCUCACGGCCGGGUGCACUGAUAGUAGUCAAUGUGUCUUUGAUGCGCUGUCAGGUCAUGGUGACCCAGCAGGAAGAGUAGCAAUGGGCCAGAGGAGGCCAUGUCCACUGGAAUUAAAUAGCUGUUAAAUUAAAUAGCUGCUUAGUACACAGAGUUCGAGCUAACUAUUUUGCAAUGACUGUUUAAAUGCUGAGAUGAAAAUGGUUUAGGGUCCUGGUAUUUAGUGCUGCUUUACUCAUUAUAUAUAAACUCAUUAUUGCAGAACCACUGGGAUUAAAUGUGUCACUGAUGUUAAAUGUGUAUCUUCAAGACAAAGGCAGCUGGGAUUUUAACUGGCUACUAAUUUGAGAAUGGCAGGAAAUUAAUUCAAUGUUCUAUUUUUGCAAAUGGGAAAAAAAAACCUUUAAAUUUUGUAAUUGCUUUUGUAACUCACCCACCCACCCUCACACUCAGGAGGCUGGCCGAUCCUUUCCAUUCUCUCUGUGCUCUGGUGGGUUUCAAUGGCUGUCGUUAAAAGUUUUCAUUUAACUCUGCACGAGUUGCGAGCUGCAUCGGGGUUAUGGUGGCUGAAUGGGAAGAAAGAGGUUUCUGCACAGCCCCACUGUAUCCUGAGAGACCCAACUGGUCAGAAAUUGAGUGGGUGGGGAACUAGCGAGAAAAGAGUGAAAUCUCAUCUUUCUAGCACUUCACUUCCUUCAACUUGAUGACCAACUAAAUGGAAUCAUGGACAUGUCUAUAACGACAGGCACUAUGUUUAGCAAUGAGUGCUGAGUCUAAAUUUGAUUAACCUAGUAGCUGUGACCAAUCUUGCCAACUUUGGGCUGGUUCUAUGGGACUUACUGUGGAAGCCCCCUUGGCUAAACAUUCCUCACCUGCUGUUACUUAAUGCGAGUGAUAAUUGCCUUAUUAGAUCAUUAUUUUACCCAAUUAAAAAUGAACCUAGCUGCCCAACAAUCAGCUAGUGAUGAGGUAAUUGUGUCCCGUUAGUGGGGUAUGUUGUACAUCAGGGAACCCAGUACAUGCAUUUCACUGUGCCUUAGGGAAAGUACUGGGAUAAUGGAUGAACUGUGCCUGCACUGGUCAGAGACCCAGACACUGUGAACUAACUUUUAAAACCUGUCAUUUGUACCUAUUUUUGCUACUGAUGGUUCAGUGACAUCAAACAUUUUACUUACAAUUGCAAUUACUAAAUAUACAAAUUAACCUCAGUAAAGUACCUUGUCUACCUGCCCCUCCAGUUUUAGGUCGCGUACUGCAGUUUAAAAAAAAAGUUACACUACUUUCUCAUAGAAAGAAAAUUACAGAUGAAACCAGCGCAUGUUCUGGUUCUGCAGCCUUAUUUGUUCACAAACAGGGACUUUUUGUCACGAUUAUUGGUCCCUAACAAGUGUGUGAUGGAAGAGAGACCGACAGUUGUGUGGGUUUUCCCGGGACUUUGUGCCAAGUUCACCCCUCCUCGCCUGGUCGAUGAUUGAAUCAAUUCCACAGAACUGAAGUGUCACCAGGGCAGUAAACUGAUCUACCAAUAGCACAACCGUUAAAUGUUGGAACAAAGACAUUUUGCAAUCCAGUAUUAAGGUUUAUGGGCUCCUGCCUUUUUCUUGUCCCCAUUUCUCAAGCAAUUUUAUUUUUGAGUGUGUGUGUGAGUUCAGUCGUUCCUGUGCCUCCGGUUAGGGAGCACACAUGUGGUAUAAGUGUGAACUGCAGUCUCCAGAGCUGGAGCUGCAAGUACUCCGCUUGCACCCCCUCGGAGUGAAGGGCACUGGAUUUACCUUGUCGGCACAAGAGCACUUUCAGUUCACUGUAACUGUAAUUGUUAAACAUUUUCAGUCAUUUCCCUCUCAAUCCUCUUACCAGUGAGUUUCAGGGAUGAAGCUCUCUCGAGCGAUUUUCAGCUGCCCAAGCGAAUUGGCAGACCGUAGGAGAGGUGUUGGUGCACUUCAGAUUGGUGUCUUCAUAUUGAAAUCAUGACAUCUUGUGGAAAAUCUGACACAUUUUAAUGCUUUGAAAUGACUACGUUUUGUAAAGAUCAGAUCUGCACACUUAAUUUUGAAGUCUGUCAAUUUGCUGAUUAAUAUAUUGGUGCAUAUGCAGUUGAUAGAGCUGGUUACUCUCACUAACUAGCAGGUUGCCACUUGCACCAGGGAACUUAAACCAGAAUCAUGAAGCCCUGUCUUCACAAAACUCCUUAUCCAUCAUCUACUAUCAGCCAUUUGCGUGCUGCUCCCAACUUGGUCAUGUAGUUUUAACAGAUGAGCUGGGAAGCUGUUGGAAAUUCUAUUUUUGAAGCUCAUUUGUGUGACUGACUCAUUGGGUUAAAUGCAAUUAAUAAGCCUUUCACUUUAUCUAAGUACUUAAAAUCAGAUACAACAACAUAACCAAACCAUAAAGGUUCUGCAUUAACUCUAAAUAUUAGUGGUGGAGGACAACUGAAUUAAUAUAUUUAGGUGAGUAGUUAUCUCGAGACUUGUGGAGGGUGAGGGUUUGAAAAUGUGUAUUGUAGAGGCUUAAUUUUCCUGAACUUAUUUCAUGUGAACUUUUAGUCCAGUGUUUUAUUGGAUAAAAAAAAUAAUUUUCCAAUGUUCAGUGUUUUUCAUUAAUUCUCUUCCACUGAAGCAUUUCAUGUCAUUUUCUAAGGAAAUUAUCUCUUUUUCAGUUUUUUAAAGAACUGUUUGGAAAAUAUACUGUUGUGAAAUUUUCUCAGAUGUAUUAUCUUGUUUUGUACUAUCCAAAUCCUCCCAAAAUAGGAAACAUUUCUCAGCAUUUUUUUACUUGCCUUUGCUGAUGAAAAUAAUUCUUGUGCUGUGAUUUUAACUCCAUGUUCUACACAGUUUUGCAAUGGAACAAAGAUUAUCCAAAGCAGCUAGCAAAAGAGUUAAUGUUUGUAUCUAACGUGCAAACAUUGAAAAGUGUGCAAUACCAUUUAAAGUUUAAAACUCAUUUUAUGCAGCACAUGGGUGCUGUGCAUGUAAUUUUUAUAAUUCUGGCUGUGUUCUGGUUGGAUGGAAGUUCGGAUUAAAAUCCAUUCAGUCUCUCCAGCCCAUCCCCAACCGUUUAGUUGAGUAACACAAACUGUACCUUAAUCCUAUUUACCUGUUUUGGAUCUAUUUCUCCUAAUAUCCUACCUAGCAAACUCUAUUGAUUCUGACAAUGCUGCAGUAAGUAGCCAAAUAAGGUGACAACCACCACCUCUGCAAAAAGUGUCUAUGUAACAAUGCUCUAGUGCUUGUAGGGGCCAAGUUUACCUCCACACUGUCUCUCUGCCUGGGUUUCCGAGGGUGCUGGGAGCUGAAGGAUUGCUGUAGUGUGACGUGAUGCGUUUGGACUCGAAUUACCGAGCAAGAGCUAAUGUGGCGUCUGACUUUGUAACUUUCUACAGAGGUUGAUGCUGCAAGCCCGGAGUUGAUCAAACUGUAGCAGGACCCCUGCUCACGAGCUGGAGCUGCAAGUUUUAGACGAAGGAUGCUCUUGAUGAGCACCCGUGAUCCAAAGCUUCUCUCAAUAAUCCAUUUGGCCACAGACCAAACAACUCAUAGUUAAGCUGCUGGAGAGCCAGAAUCUGUAAAUGUCACACCGGGACUGUCAGCAGUAAAAGUCUAUCAUACAAAGCAAUCCAUUGUAAUCUCUAGUAAAUGACAGGCAGUCUCCGUGGGCACUGACUACCCACAACCACCACAGCUGUAGCCACUUCAUGUCCUCGAUAUCUGCACUCUCCACUGGGACCAGGACAAACUGAAUGGAGAACUAUUAAACUUUGUGAACGGCUGACUGCUUCUUCACAGGGGGGUUAGAGGACAACAGUACUCAGCCGGCCCUACAUUAUGCUUCAAUACUCCGGUAUUUUGUGACACAGCUGGAUAUCACUUUUUAAAGGAAUUGUUUUUCAACAUCUAAGCUCAAGAAAAGUUAGUGAAAGUGAGUACUUUUUUAACAAAAUAAAUAAAGGGUUGGAACAGGAAGAUCCGUGUUUAACCAUUAUUACCCCGUACAGCUGUGUGCGCAAUGUAUCUCAUUCCCAAAGUUAUGUACACACUAACGUGUCCCUAGCCUUGAGCCAUGUGCAGGCUGUAGCUCGUCCAUACAGCUAAGUGCAUGCUCCAACUCACCCCUAGAGCUGAGUGCAUACUGUAACUCGUACCUCUUGCUGCGUGCACACUGUAUCCUGUCCCUACAGCUGAAUGCAUGCUGUUAAUUAAUUCCCAAAGUUAUGUACACAUUGCAAAUUGUCCCUACAACUGAGUGCAGGCUGUAACUUACCCCUCCGGCUGUGUGCAUGUUGUAUCUUGUCCCUACAGCUUUGUUCACAUUGUAACUUGUUGCUAUGUUACGACGGCACCCUUUCUUGCACCAACACCUUUCUCCAAAACAUUUUCAUUCAUCUGUGACAUAAGGGCCUAUUGCUUAUUAAGCAAAAAUGGCUUGAACCUUCAGGUUAUUCAUCUGGUUUGCACAGUUUUAUUAUUAAAAAUGAAAAUGGAAAUACUGAGCAGCAGGAGGGGUGAGAAAUGGAGUCAAUGGUACAGGUUAGUGACUUCAAAAUCUGUUCAUCUGAUGAAAGAGUGUUGGUGUGAAAUUGCUCUCUAUUUGUCUAACCUUCAGAACGCUGCCAGUGUUUUUUGACUUUACUCCAAAAGUUGUCAUUUGUUUUACUUAAAAUAGCUCAAUUUUAUUAUUUAAUGCCGAAACAUAAAUUGCACACUUGGAUAAUGCCCUCGGAUAAUCUUUGAUCAAAUAGCAAAUUGUGUUGUUUUAUUAUAAACCAAAAGCCUUACACGAGCAGUAUAACUGCGCAUCCCACUGCUUUCCUGCCUUGGGAAAUACUUGAUAAUUGUGUUACUGAAUUAUCAAGUCAAGAAAGUCUGCCUUUGGUCAACUGACUGCUGGGGUCUGUGGACUUGUCUCUCUCCUCCAUUUUGCAUUGUCUCUGUGGGAUUGGGAUCAUUUUAAGAUGUAUAGAUUCUCUGCUUUAUCUGUAUUGUUUAAUUUGUAAAACAAGGAAGUGAUCCCAAUUGCCUGGUUUUACUUAUUUCAAAAGCUGUAGUUAACAUACCAAGUGACCUUGGUUAGUCUAACUUACAGGAUGGAAUUGUUUGGGUUCUCUGUAAUAUGUGUAUAAAUUGAUGUAAAAAAUGAAAUUUGUUAACAUUUUGUGCAUUGUGAUUAUUGUCGGUUUAAAGCUUUCCUGAAAUUCCAAACAGACAGAAUCUGUAUCAGCAUUCAUAAAAUAUUUCCUUCGAAGAUGUUGCUUUGGUUGUUCCCACAUAGCAUUCUUGAUCUGGAAAACUAACCACGUUAAAACUCUGAAUUUAGUAAUAAAAACAUGCUGAAUUAGCAGCUCCAGA